UGCCGGAUUCCGGAUUGCGGGUGUCGGGUUUUGCGGCUGCGCGGCCCCGGGAUGAGGCCUGCGAUGCUGCCUGACCUGCUGUGCUUUCCCAGCCCCACUCUGAUCUGCAGUCCUCACUUUCACCUCGGAGGGAAAUGGUGUUGGGAAAUUAAUGGCUGAUAAAUCCCAGGCUAUGAUAAUCUAUUUCCUGGAGCAGUUAAAGAAGUAGCCUCAGCAGUAGUGGAUUCAUUGGUGCUCAUCUUUCAAGAUUGCAUGAUAUUGCAAGCUGGGUUUCUGGAUGUAAAUCAGAUUGGAACACCAGGACGGCCGUAUUGAUGUAAGUUGUUAGUUCCCGUUGAUUGACACAGGAGUUCAUUGUGGGAGCUGUGCACUACUGGUGCCACAAUGCUGUUCUCACUGCGGGAGCUGGUGCAGUGGCUGGGAUUUGCCACGUUUGAAAUGCUGCUGCACCUAGUUGCCUUCCUGGUAUUCUCCGUGCUGCUUGCUGUGAAGGUGGACAAUUUUGCGAAGUUGGACUGGUGGUAUGUUUUCAUCCCACUCUUCACUGCUGAUGGGCUCAGCACCUACUUUACCGUGAUUGUUUCCAUUCGCCUGUUCCAGGACGGGGAGAAACGUUUGGCUGUCAUGCGUCUUUUCUGGAUCCUGACUGUCCUCAGCCUGAAGUUUGUCUUUGAGAUGCUGUUGUGCCAGAAACUGGAGGGACAGAGUUCCCAGCUGUGGUAUGGCCUCAUCAUGUCGCCCAUCUUCAUUCUCCUCCAGCUGUUGAUGAUUCGAGCUUGUCGAGUCAACUGAGCCCUGAAACCUUUCACCCCAAGCUUCCUGUUCAAGUUGUUGGAUUGCCAGACACACAUUCCCAUGAAUGUUGAUGUUUGGAAGGGGGAAGGAGCAUUGCAUUCAGUUUAAUAGAGCACUCUUGUCUUGCUGCUGUCCUGUGCUUGCUGAGUGCUGUGCGAACUGCAACAUGGCCAACCUCGGAACUCCAUGGCUGGCUUCAGGGGUGGAAACGUCAGCAAGAAAAUGAAAGUAGAGACAAGAUGUUCUGUGUUUUACUGGUAACGUGCAGCUUGGGCUGAGGCUGUAGCGGUAUCCUGUCCUGCCAUUCUGAAAUCAAGGCCUUUAGAGAGGGAGGAUGCUGUUGCCUGCAAAGCCAUGUCCCACUUUGACAUUUUAACCUACCAGCCAUUCACACAGGUGACUCUUGCUGCUCGAGAAGUUGUGUUUGGGCUGUACUUACUUAAACUGCUCCAAGUGUGGUGGUGUUGUGGAGUUUUGAGCCCUGCAGUUUUCAGGGGGAAAAUUGUUCCGAUGAUUUUUGAGAUAAGCAAAGACAACCUUUCAUUGUUAGUAAUAUUCUUCUUGGACCACGAGCAGUGCAAGGAUGCAGUAAUUAAGAUCAUCAUUGCACUUAAUUAUAAAAAACAUUUACUUCCCUAUUCCUCUGUUUCUGCUUUUACGAGUUAAUCGCUCAGCACCAUAUUCCUUCACUUAAACACAGGUAACCUGACUGAAUUAAACACAGGUAACCUGACUGAAUUAAACACAGGUAACCUGACUGAGUUUCAAUGUGUCUAAUGAAGCAUUUUACAAAAUGGACAAAUCUUAAACAACGACCCAGUUUCAAACCUGGUGUUUGAACUUUUUCAAAUGAUUAAUGUUAACUGAAUUAUUAUGAAUUUAAGAGGGACAUUUGAUGUUCUUGUGUGAGGUUCCAGUGGUACCAUGAAUUCUGUGUUCUACAUUGUGUAAUUACAAAAGGUCUGUGAAAGAAUAUAAAAUUCCAUUUAUGCAGAUCUGUAUUAAAGUUUGGUUCUGAUACCUCUCACUUAACACAUCAGGGACCUGGGUAAAAGUCAAGGUUUCUAGGCUGAAACCAUCAUGUGUGGCAUGUAAGCAGUUUCAGAUGGUUUUUAUCAUUACUCUCAACUCUCUGCAUUAUUUCCAUAAUAACAUUAAUGGAACCUGUCCAUGUAAAAUUGUCACUGCAGCUACAUCCUCCUGUCAGUGGAGGAGCUGAAACACUCUUGAUUGGUGUAUUAACGCUGUGAAAGGUUCGCCUUGUCUUCACUCCAAAUGCAGACUGAUGGAUUUAUAAGGGAAAAUUAAAGGAAAGACAACCUGUCCUGCUUCAUGAUUUGGAGAUGCCGGUGUUGGACUGGGGUGUACAAAGUUAAAAAUCAC